CAGCAACUGGGUGAGGUUUUUAAGAAAAAAAAAACCUAAAAGUAGAGAGGCCCAGCAGCACAGCUGUUUGUGAAGUUGAAGAUUUCCUGUUUCCCCAGGACUUGCAGUGUGUGAGUCACAGAGGUUGCAGGCUGCCAACGGUGCCCAUAGGAAUGCAGGGAGGGCUGCUGGCUGCUCAGCCCCAGCUCAAGGCAAGAAGACAAGAAGGGAACUGAAGAAACUUUGUGGAUUACUCCUUAGAGUUGUAGAAUUCUAUGUGGCCUGGAGAAUGAGUCUUAUGGCUACAGUGCAGCGCUUCACUUUACUCUGGACCCUAAUAGUCUGCUGCCCCCCUGCCUCUCUACAAUUUGUGGAUGAUGGGAUUUUCAUGCUAAACAAGGCUGCAACCACAUCAUGUGCAUUUUGUGAUGUUUUGAAUGCAACUUGUACAGAAAGCAAAGGUCAUUGUAGAAGCAGUUGUGACAAAAUAGCCUCUUGUGAAUUUGCUGAGGAAGUUUGUGUAACCUUGUGGAGAAGUAAUGGUUCCGCUGUAACUGAAGAAACUCUAUGUCACAAUCCUCUUUUGCCACUAUAUGGACACAUGUUAAAUGAUUUCAACUCUUCAACAUGUCACAUGAAAAGAAGGAGACUGCAUUCAGAAACUGUGUUUAUAUGCGCUUGUAAUGAAGAUGAAUGUAACCAAGAGUUUACAUUUGACAAAAAAGAAAGUUAUCAUCAGAAAGUUACAGCAAGUCAUAAAAGGAAAGAAAACAGUGGAAACCCAAGACAGAAAUCAAAACCAUCUGAAAAUGCAACCAGUCUUUCAAGUAUUCCUGAAGACUUUAAAUUGCGUAAACUAUGCAUGUUUUGUGACAAUUUGACGUCCCCAUGUAAGCUUAAAGAGCCAAAUUGUAAAAGCACAUGUGGUAUAACCUCAAUGUGUGAGAAAGUAGAUGAAGUGUGCGUGGCAAUAUGGAGGAAUAACGGCACUCACGUAAUUGAAGAAACACUGUGCCAUGACCCUGUAAAACCUAUAUAUGGCCACAAGCUUGAUGACUAUAAUAACAAAGAAUGUGUCAUGAAAGAAAAAGAGACGGCUAAAGGAACUAUGUUCAUGUGUUCCUGCAAGGAAGAAGAAUGUAAUCUUGAUUUCAUAUGGGAAAAUGAAAAUGAAGCAUGGCCAGACACAACAUUUGUGGCACUUUCAAGUUUACUUCCCCCAGUUAUGAUCGCAGUAGCAGUGAUUGGUAUUUUUUAUUGCUACCGUGUGUAUAGGAAAAAUAAGCUCAGCAAAAAGUGGGAAAAUAACCAAAAAUGCAUGAGGCACCAGAAUAUGGACUGCAGUGAUGACUGUCGUAUGAUGAUUGAUGAUGAUCGCUCGGACAUAAGCUCCACUUGCGCCAACAACUUGAAUCACAACACUGAGCUACUACCUAUUGAACUAGACACUUUAGUUGGGAAAGGCCGUUUUGCAGAGGUGUAUAAGGCUAAGCUCAAACAAAAUACUUCAGAUCAGUUUGAAACUGUAGCUGUUAAAAUUUUCCCUUACGAAGAGUAUGCAUCCUGGAAAAUGGAGAAAGAAAUCUUUUCUGACAUAAAUCUUAAGCAUGAAAAUAUUUUGCAAUUCUUGACUGCUGAAGAGAGGAAAACCGAUGUUGGCAAACAGUACUGGCUUAUCACAGCUUUCCAUUCCAAAGGCAAUUUACAAGAGUAUUUAUCAAAGCACAUUAUUAGUUGGGAGGACUUGUUACAGCUUGGUUGCUCUUUAGCUCGUGGUGUCGCACAUUUGCAUAGUGACCAUACACCUUGUGGAAGACCAAAGACACCAAUUGUUCAUCGAGACUUAAAAAGUUCAAAUAUACUUGUUAAAAAUGACCAAACCUGUUGUGUUUGUGACUUUGGAUUAUCCCUUUGGCUUGACCCUUCUCUAUCAGUGGAUGACCUUGCUAACAGUGGGCAGGUUGGGACUGCUAGAUAUAUGGCCCCAGAGGUCCUUGAAUCAAGAAUUAAUUUAGAGAACAUGGAGUCAUUUAAGCAAGCAGAUGUGUAUUCUAUGGCACUUGUCCUGUGGGAAAUCACAUCCCGCUGUAACGCAAUCGGAGAUGUAAAGGACUAUGAACCACCAUUUGGCUCCAAGGUUCGAGAGCAUCCAUGUGUUGAAAGCAUGAAGGACAAUGUACUUAGAGACAGAGGUAGACCGGAAAUUUCUAAUAGCUGGUUAAAUCACCAGGGUAUUCAGCUCGUAUGUGAAACCAUCACAGAAUGUUGGGACCAUGACCCAGAGGCCAGACUCACAGCCCAAUGCGUAGCCGAGAGAUUCCAUGAGAUAGAACAUCUUGACAGAAUAUACGAGAGAAGCUGCUCAGAAGAAAAAAUACCAGAGGACUGCACAGAAAACACAAAUAAAUGAAAUAUACAUUGCAGAAGCACCAUGUAUUAUAGAAAUAUAUCAUCCAGUGGUUGCAGCUAAGGAAAUCACUUGGAAAUCUAUGCAAUAAAUCAUUGGCUCCAGGAUAAGUUGUUUACUACUGGAGCAAUAUCCAAUAUGCUUUCCAAUUUGAAAGUUGACAUUGCCAUAGGGUGAUCAUUUAAGGAUCAAGCGGACAUUUUGUUCUUAAAAUAGCCAUACCUAAUGUGCACUUUAUUAAUAUUUGUAUAAAACUACACAUUGGCUUUAAUAUAUGGACACAUUGUCUAAGAUAAGCCAAAAAUAUACUACCAGGAAAAUGCACAAUGCAUAGGAGAAUUGAUUUAUUAUGGAAAAAAUAUCUCUAUACAACUGUUCAAAAAAGUCAAUACAUAAGCUGUGGUUGGUUGUGUUUGUAUGUUUGUGGUUUAUGACUGAAUGUUCAUUUUUAUAUGUUUGAGUCACUACCUUUGUAACCUUUUUUUUUAUUAUUGUAAUUUUUUUUUUUUUUUUUUUUUUAAGGGAGAUAGAUGUCUUCACUUAUCUUUGGUUUCUGUGAACAAAUGUUAUAGUCUAUGAAACCGGUAAAGUCCAAAAAUACAUAUUUUAUAUAUGUAAAAUAUCAGCCCAUUCUCUCGGCUCUCACCUCAUAUUUAGUUUUCUUUUAAAUUGUGGUCAGCUAUUUUUCAGACUGGUUAAUGCCAAAUAUACUAAGGAUUUUUUUUUUUUUUAAAUAUAAAAGUUACAAAGGGGCUCAAAGAAUACAUGAUGCAUAGCUAGGUAUAUAAGACAACAAGAUGUGUUUUCAAUGAGGUUUUUGUUUUUUCAAUUGACUGAUUUGUUUUCAUAUGUUAUUAUAAACAACCAAAAUGUUGAUCACUGUUUAAGUAUAUCACUUGAAAGCACUGAAAUACAUGAAUUAGGAAAGACAAAAAAGUGACUUUUUCAUAGUGCACUUUUUCGUAGUUUCGGACUACUGUAUUUUUCUCAUAAUUGCUGAAUAUUUAUUUUGUGUAAACAUUAGCAUUUUGUUUAUAUAAGAACUUCCUCAGUGAUAAUUACUUGGAUGAUGAAUAUCCAUGUGUCUUUUUGCGACAAACUAUAUACCUUAGCAUUAUGCACCUAUUCUAAAAGAUGUGCUCUUUCAUCCAUUUCUUUACCUCCCAUAGAUGAAAACAAAGAAAUCUUGCUCUUCCAUGACCCCUUCUUCCUUGCAAAUGGGGGACAUGUGUACCCUCUUUUUGGGAUCACUAGGCAUACCCUAUUGAUUUGCUUUAAGUAUGUGUACAGGGAAAAGCCUCAGACUACUUUGUUGUCCCAGACAGAUCCACUUCUUUAUUUCAAUGGUCACGAUGGAGAAGGAAAAAUGUUUCAUUGAGUGUUGUACUGCUAUAUAAACCAUGUGAAAUAUUAAGCUAUUUUAUUUUAAAUUUACACAACUCAUUUACAUCUUGGAACCUUCUUGUGUAUGUGCAUUCUAGCAUGACUGCAAGUAGAAGACCUGCCAUGUUGGUGGUUGCGGAUAAAUAUAUUGAUUUAUGUUACAAUAUGACAGUAAUCAAGCUGAACUGAAGCACAAUGCACAGUAGAGGCGGAAUACAGUGUUACCUAUAGAAGAAAUAUUGUUAUAGUUAACUUCUGAUAUAUUGUUAAUACAUAUGGGAAGAAUCCUACUACUACUUUUAGGAUUGGGAGGGGGCAUGCCAUUUCUCUUCACUUUUAAAGUGGUACUCCCCUGCUCAGCAUUUGGAACAAACUGUUCCGAACGGUGGAGCCGGCGCCGGGAGCUCUUGAUGUCAUAGCCCCCGUAUGAUGUCAGUGACUCAAACAUAUGCCACGCCCCCUCCCUUAGACUUGCAUUGAGGGGGUGGGGCAUGACACCAGGGGGCAGGGCUAUAACGGCACAAGCUCCUGGUGUCGGCUCCAGUGUUUGGAACAGUUUGUUCCAAUUGCUGAGCAGCGGAGUACCUGCCAAUUUAGGAACUACAAACUCAGAUCCCCUUUUUUACGGCCCAUUGUCAGAAAUCUAUAGCAUUAUUAUUUUGUCUGCCCAGAUGUCCAUUAUACAAACUGACACAAUUUUGCUCCUUUUUGUUGGAGAUAUUGGUAAUCUUUUUACCAUUUUUUAAAUCUUAAUUGAAAUUGGAUUUUUAUUUUAAUACAAAGACUUAAAAAUCAGCUUGUUAGAUAUAUAUAUAUAUAUAUAUAUAUAUAUUUCAUUGAAAAGUUACUGGUAACCUGUAACGUAUAUAAGAGGCCUUUUUACACAGAUAGUAUAACUUAACCCUUAUGCCCAAUGUAAAACAACAGGCUCUUUGAGUUGUGUCCACUAUCUUUAACUUUAAAAACUAUAUUAGCACAACUGAGGCAAAACAAAGGAGCAGAUCAUGUGUUUUUCAGCUUUUUUACAGUAUAUGCAGCAAUGGGAAUGCCCACUAAAAGAGACUUAUGCAACACUAUCAAAAACUAUGAUGUAAAAAUAUAAAUAAAUACAUAUAUAACAAAGAAUGUGCAUUUUAUCAAAUGCAUACACUACUAAAAUAAAUUGAUAGCCUUUAUGUUUUAAAGAAAUGUUUUUUAUAUGCAGUAACAAAGUUAAUAUAAUAACCAAAAAUAUUUCAUGUAAUACGUAAACAAAGUUUAUGUUACACAACUAACAAAAUAUUGAUAAUAAAUUAUAGAGUUAUACAGGUGUUUGUCAACAUAUAUAUAUAUGUAUAUAUUUUUUUGGUGCAUUGAUUAGCAAUAACAUCAAGUAUGACAUCUGUGAUGGUAAGGGAUUGUUACAUAAAGGGGAGCUCCAUUUUUACAUAAUUAAAGGGGUACUCUGGUGCUUAGUCAUCUUAUCCCCUAUCCAAAGGAUACCCCUAUCCUUUGCAUAGGAAAUAAGAUGUCUAAGCGCCGGAGUACCCCUUUAAAGUAUCAAAUGCAUAGAUGUAAAUGUGUCUGUAAGGGCGGUAUAGUAAGAAUCAGAUCAUUACAUCUAUAUAUAAAAGUAAUGUCAUAUUAAAAAUAAAGUUCAUGGAAAAUCUGGUGUGUAGAUGUCACAAACCGCAAUGGAAAAGUGUAGGGGUCUGAUCGGUUUUGAUAUGUUCUAACGUUGGAAAUAAAAGGCGAAUGACAAUCUAUUGCUAUUACAGUUCAUUUUAUUAUAGUUAUCUUGUUAAAUCAGAAUAAAUAUUUGCAAGAUUUUAAGAGGGACAAAAGGAACAACUUCUUUUAGGCAUCUAAAGAUUUUAGGAACUUUCCUCACCCCUGCUGGUUCAAAUGUAACCUUUCUUUUUGUGCUAGUGGUAUUUUGGCAAUGUGUUUACAUUAGGACACAGUUUGGCAGUAUUAUGUAAGCAUGGUGCUUGUAUUUGUUGCUUUAGGGUAGUAUUAAAUAGGUAUAUAUGGGGCUAUUAUUUGGGCAUUACUUUCGUAGUAUUAUGUCAUUCUCUUUUACCAAAGAAUGGAAUGUGUCAAAAUAAGAACAAAUACAAAAACUGCCAGGUAAACACCAGAAGGAUUCAAAGGCUUUACAUUUUUUUUGACAUUUUUGUGUCAAAGUCGUCAUAACAUUUAAUUGUUAAGAACUGCAAAAUAUUAUGUUGAAGAAAACUGACUUUAUAGUCUUCCAUGUAUCAAUGGUGGGGGUCUGCCUGCUAGAAAUCUACCAUCAGAAGAAGGGAGGAAAACUGUGUCCUAAAUAGAAUGUGUAGACAGCAGUUGGACCCCCACUGAUCAGCUAAAUGGCUAUGUUGUGAGAUUACCAUAACACUGUGGCUAUCUUUUUGUAAACUGGUAUUUCCUGUUUGACUUUUUUUUUUUUUUUACUACAAAUCCCACAAUUCCAUUUUCCUCCCUCCCUCCCUCCCACACAUCAGCCACCCCACCCAUUGAAACAAAAGACCUGUGGUUUUCAAUCAGGGUGCCUCCAGCUGUUGCAUUAGUUGCAGAUUUAUCCCUCCACCCAUUGAAGCAGACAGGCUCCCUGUCAUCAGCUGACAAGUGAGUCAGGUCUCGGCCGCAUUGCAAGCUUGGAAAAAUCUGAGACAACAGUCAUUUUGUAUGCUGGUGAAAAUAAAUAAUGGGGAGAAAAUCACAGAAGAAUUGUGAGAAAACCGUCACACACAGGUACAGACACUAUAUUAUGAACUAGCUUUAAAGCCCCUGUAGCAUAAUCAAAUAAAAAAAAAAUCCUGGAAUACCCCUUUAAGCUUGUGCAUUGGGAAACCCCCUUUAAGUUAUUGGCAACAAGAAAAUAUAGAGGGACAUUUAUCAAAGCAUUUAGUAGGUUUUUUUAAUGCUUAAAAUUGUUUCAAAAAAGUAUGUGUGACUACUCAAUUUUUGGUGCAACUAUUUGAUUGUGCAGUGCCCUAAGCAAAACCAAAAAAAAAAAAGAAACUUGCUUACCAAAGCAAAAAGUGAUUGUUGACUUGCAGUGGUCAGAGAUUUAUCAAGUGCAAAAAGUUGCAUCGCAUCAAAAAAACUACUAAAUUUACUCCAGCUCAGACAUGGAGCAGAAAAAGCCACUACCAAAGCAAAAAAAAAUAAUAAAUAAAUUGCUAACGUGAAAGAAAUUUAUCAACAGGUUGAAACCAGUUGAUAAGUCACACAUAAGCCAAAAAUUGUAAGAAAAAAAUAACUACCGUAUAUGCUCGAGUAUAAGCCGAGUUUUUCAGCACGAUUUUUCGUGCUGAAAACGCCCCCCUUGGGUUAUACUCGAAUGAACUCUCCACCUGUCAAUCCCUUCUCAGUGGUCUUCAACCUGCGGACCUCCAGAUGUUGCAAAACUACAA